AUGCUCAAUGAAGCAGGAAAACGAGUGAGGGAGCAAGGAAUGUGGGCUACCUUGUUCCUGAACAAUGGUGGAAUUAGCACAACUACUAUUCAUCUAAAAAUUAAUGGUUUGUUAGAGAUAACUAUGGUAGACACGGAAAAUGGUGUUAAUGUGAAUGUAAAACUUGUUCCUUCAAAAGAAAACUUGGCUGACGCAUUGACUAGAGUUCGAAGUAGAUUGUUGAAUAAAUUGACGGAGGCUAAGCAUUCAAGUAAUUCCAUUGAAGCAGUGUUUGCAGAGGCUGAAUCUAUUUCUAGCAUACACAAGAGAACUGAAGACUUUGAAGUGAAUCGCACUCUAAACUUUGUUCGUAAAGUAAUUCCACCCGCUACCGAAAAUGACGUUAGAGAGCUUGAAUAUUAUAGUACAAGCUUUUUGGUCACUAAAUGCAAAUGUUCUCAUUUAACAGCUUUUGGUAGUUUUUUGGUUUCUGCAAACCCACUUCCUAAGUUUUCAAUAACAAAAUUAAAAGCAGGGUAUAUUCUUCUUGUAACUGUUGUUUUAAUAAUUAUGCUAUGGAUUCUUGGCUUACUACUGACCAGGAGAAUAGAAAAGUACGAUCCAACAACAGUUGGAGUGUGUCCACUUCUUGAUAAUUUACCUGAAGAUAACUAUUUGUAUAAAAUUGUAGUGAUUACUGGUAGCCAAAGAAAUGCUGGUACAAAAUCAAACAUCUUUCUUACUAUUACCGGUGAUGUAACUGACAGUGGAGUGAGAUGUUUAAAAGUUCUAGAAAAAGAUUGUUUUCAAAGAUCAAGCUGUAGUGUUUUAAUAAUGGCUACACAAAGUACACUUGGUGACUUGGAUUUUAUUCGAAUAUGGCAUGAUAAUAGUGAGGGAGGGUGGUACAUAAAAAAUAUUGUUAUCACUGAUCUUCAAACUGAAAAAAAAUUUUUAUUUAUUGGUCAACGUUGGAUCGCAACUAAUAGCAACCAAUCUUUAGACUGUGUUAUUCCAGUAGCAUCAAUUGAAGAGUCUACAAAUUUUCAUUUUGUUUUUAAAACAAAGUUCUAUAAGAAAUUUCUAGAUGAACAUUUAUGGUUUUCAAUAUUUGCUUCUCCAUCUAGAAGUAACUUUACCAGAUGCCAGCGGUUGUCUGUUGCUGUUUCCUUGAUAAUGACUACAAUGGUGAUUAGCACAAUGUUUUAUAAGCCUCUUCUUCUAGCUUAUCCAGAUACCGAAAAGAAAACUGUUUUUUUGUUGCUGGUUUCUUCAUUAGCCAAGUUACCUGUAGAACUGUUAUUAAUAAAAAUGUUUCGUUCAAGGUUAAAUUCUUUAAAAAAUGUUAAAAGCAAUUCAAACAGAUUUAUAAAAAUAUCAAAGAUUGGAAAAAUGAAAAAAAACAACAAGAUAUAUCCAAUGCAUAAUGUUUCAAAUGGAAAUUUUAACGAACAAAAAAAAAUGGUUAAAAAAAAAACUUAUCUAUUCAACUGGUAUUUAUAUAUAGGAUGGUUUAUUAGUGUUGGAAUCACAUUUGUUUGUGGCUUCAUAGUUUUACUAUAUGGGUUCGAGUUUGGAAAUGCAAAAUCAUUAACUUGGUUGUCAACUGUAGCUAUUGAUCUAGCUAAAGAUACAUUUAUAACUGAACCAAUGAAAAUUUUUGUCUUGGCGAUUAUAACAUCACUUGUUGAUAAAAAAAUUGAUGAAGAAACUAUUGAAGGUGAAAAUGCAGUCUUGUCAUAUAAUGAAGUUUGGCUCCACAGAAUGAAAUAUGAAAUAUCAAUAUUAAAAAAAGAUCAUUUAAAACUUCAACCCAUUGAUCCAAAAAUACUGAAUAUGAUAAGGGAAUUAAGAGUGAAACACCAAAAGAUGAAUGCUUUAAUUGCAGAACUUGUUAUGUAUGCAUUAUAUGCAAGUUUAGUGUUCUUCAUUGCCUAUCAAACAUGUGAAGAUGUUGCUUUUUUUCAGACUAAAAAUGUGAAAGAUCUUUUUAACUUGCAUUUGAGGCCAGAUGUUUCAUAUCCGGAUUGUACAGAUUUUAACAAGAUUCAAUCGUCAAAAGACUUUUGGCCCUGGAUGGAGAAUUUUUUUUUACUUCAAGUUUAUCCAGAUCCUUGGUAUAAUUUGAGUGAAUUAAAUUCAAACACCAAAAAAAAAGAUUUUCCUGGAAAACUGUUUUUAAACGAUCUUAACUCAAAGAUUGUGAAUGGAAUACGAGUUCGACAAAUUAGAGUGCAGCCAAUUUCAUGCAUAAAAGCCAGCUUGGUUGCUGAGUAUGUUAAAAAAGAUUGCUUUUCUCAAUAUGCUUCUGCUUCAGAAGAAACUAAAGAUUUUUAUUUAAAUUGGACUUUACCAAAGCAGAGUAAUUUAUCCAAAAAUUCAUUAAAAACUCCAUGGAGUUAUCAAACAUGGCAAGAACUUGAUGGGUAUCCAUAUGUAACUGAUUUAAACACAUACUAUGGUGGAGGUUAUGUUAUAGAAAUUUUUCCCAAACAGAACAACAAGGCUUUACUGGAACAAGUUAAGGAAUCUAGAUGGAUUGAUAGACAAACACGAGCUCUUAUAAUUGAGUUUUCUUUGUUUAAUGGUAAUACUAAUUAUUUUAAUGUGAUCACAAUGGUCUUGGAAUUUCCAAUGUCUGGUGGAGUUGUUUCUGACUCUUCCAUUAUUACUUUUAAAUUAUACUCAUCAACCAAAGAAUCAAAAACUACCAUGUUGGUUUCUCUAAUACUGUUUAUUUUGAUUAUGUUAAUGAUUACAGUUCGAGAAUGUCGUUUUUUGUAUCGAACAGGUUGGGUAUACUUUUUAGAAUUUUGGAACCUAGUUGAGGUUGCAAUAAUAAUAUUUUCAUACAUUGCUGUUGGUUUUUUUUUUUAUAAAGACUAUCUAGGAAAGUUGUUAUUGGAAAGAUUAUCUACUAAAAAACCAGAGACAUUUAUUAACUUCCAGCUUGCAUCAUACUGGAACUUGACUUAUGUAAACAUUGUCGCGCUUAUUGUUUUUUUUGUAACUUUGAAGUUCAUUAAACUCUUGCGGUUCAAUCGUCGAAUUUCAAUGUUAUCUUCAACUUUGAAAGCUGCAUGGUAUCCUUUAUCGAUGUUUGGAAUUAUAUUUUUUAUUAUAUUGUGUUCCUUUAUAAUUUCAGCCAACAUUAUGUUUGGUGCUUUCAUAGAUGGAUAUCAAACUUAUUUCAAAACAGUUUCUUCUAUCAUUUCCUUAUUAUUAGGAAAGUUUAAUUACAGUCAGUUUAAAAAUGCAAACCCUGUUCUUGGACCAAUAUUUUUUUUAACAAUUAGUAUCACUUUUAUUUGGAUAGUGAUAAAUAUGUUUAUAUCCAUCCUAGUUGAUGCUUUUCAAGUAGUCCAUGAAAGUCUUGAACAUGAGAAAAAUGACUAUGAGAUGGUUGACUUUAUAUUGGAGCAUUUUAAAGAUUGGCUUGGAUUUAAAUCAUUAAAAAAUGAUGACAUGACACACCAAAAUGAUGUUAUUGAUACAAAUUUAAAUUCUGUGUUAGAUACUUCUGCUUCAGUUACUUCAGAGGGAAAAUUUAAAAAGAAUUUCUUUGAUCUUUGUAAAGUUAAAAAAGAAAGGCUUCAUGCAGUUGAUACAACAACUAAUGAUAACCCUACAAUGACUUUGAUUGAACGAAGUUUUUCCAAAUAUGAUUAUUUAUUAAACGAUAAUGACGUCGAUGCAAACGAAUCACUAAACAAAUUUAUUGUUUGUGCAAACCUUCUCCUCGAAUCUUCUUUGGCUGAGGAAAAUAAUAAUGUUUCAAAAAAGGUUGAAUGCCGUACGAAUAACUUAAAAACUGACGCCGAAGAAAAAAAUCAUCACGUUUUUUUGAACAUGAUGAUUGUUUAAAAAAAAAAAGAUAUAGAUAUCAUAUAAAAAAAAAGAUAUAGAUAUCAUAU